ACCGCUGGGUCUUCCCGCCCUUUUCCUGUCGUUCAUUGGUUUGAGAAGGGACUCUUCGGCUCCUGGUACAGAUUCCCGUGUCCGACCGCGAUGAAAGCCGCUGUAGGAUUGUAGCAUGUCACCCCGCGCACAGAGAGAACGAUUCUUGUGUGCAAGCGCUUGAUUCUAUUGUAGGUCCAUAAUCGAUAAAAUCUGUACAAGGUGUAGGAGUGGGAAGGCAGCUGGGACUUUGCUAGUUUUAGAGUGACAUCUCCAAGGGGUCAGCUGUCGGGCUGCCCUCCGAGAGGCCUCUUGUUUGCUUGAUUACUCGUGCGUUCUUUGAGAGAUUGCAACUUCGAACUUACAUACAUUGCACUCUAGAAGCGCGGUGUCCGCGGAUUUAACGUCUCGGCUCUGCAAGAGUUUCUUCAAUUUUGUCUUCUACAUUCUCUUUUCUUGCCAACUGGUCUGUGGAGCGGCGUCGAAUGCCUCUGUAGUCCAGGGAGAGAGAAUCCAGUCUGAGCGUCACCCCCUUGACCUCGGAUCUUCUCCGGUUUGGACUUAGACUCUCAUCUGAUCGAUGAGUCGCUUCAAUUAUGUGCAGCUCAAAAUCUUGCACAUUAUGAGUCCUUUUGGACGGUAAUCGGAGCUAGGAGCAGUGUCUUCGAACUCGUCGAACGUACUGUGUGUCCUAAAAGAAGUGGAACUGACUGUGCUAGUAUUACACUUCGAGUUGUUUUCGCGAGAAGAGAAACGCUGAUAUUACGAGCGUCAGAGUUCGCGGCCUUAGUAUUUAUUUCCUUGUGGUGAGCGCCUGGAACUCUGGAGUCGGAGGAGAGCAGAGAAUUCGAAGUGUUGGAAGUAUAUCGGAGCUCCCUCAUGUAUAUUGUGACACGGCCGGAAGUUUGUGUGGUGUGUAGAGGUCAAAGGACCUGCUAAGGAGAGCAGGUUCUCAAGCUUUUGGCAUGGAGCAAUAAUUAAAGCUGUUGUUCACCUCGCACUCGAAACGUGGAUAAGCAUUGGCGGCGUUGGCGGCAGGCAGGAAGUGAAGAUGACAAAGUUGAAUGCGAAAGCCAGGGCCGUGGGCACUACGCCGAAUGUACCGGUUACCAGCAAUACAACUGCAUCUGGGAGUGGAGGAGAUGGGGAAGUAACAAAUUCACCAACAUCGGUCCUACUCGAUGAUGAGAUUCAGGACGUAAAACCCAUCAUCCUCCCUGAGAAAUUGGUGGAGGAGGAAAGAAAAAUGGAAGAAAAGCGGAUCAAGGAAGCAGAAAGGUUGUUGGAAGAGAAGCGCAUCAAAGAAGCUGCAGUUGAAAAACAGGAAACCGCUAGCGCAACGGCAUCCAAAAACACGGAGUCAAUGUUCACCAAAUUGGAUGCUCUACUCAGCCAGACUCAACUAUAUUCCGAAUUUCUUCUCGAGAAAAUGAACAACAUAGCUCUGAACGGCGAUGAGUCCAAGAAGCAAGGGAGCAAAGGUGGACGAGCAACCAAGAGAAAACUCGCUGCAGAAGUUUGUGCCAGGGAGAAGAUGUCGAAAAGAGUGAGAGAAAUGGCCGUAGAAGACGACACAGUCGAGACUGAUGAGUUGUCGACAGAGGACGAUCGAAUAUUGAAAGAGCAGAAAGAAAUAUGCCCUCUUUUAACAGGAGGUGUUUUGAAGUCGUACCAGCUUAAGGGUGUGAAGUGGUUGAUAUCUUUGUGGCAAAAUGGACUGAACGGCAUUCUGGCAGAUCAGAUGGGUCUUGGGAAGACAGUUCAGUCGAUAGGGCUACUUGCCCAUCUCAAAGGGAAAGGCAUGCACGGGCCCUUUCUUAUAUGCGCUCCGCUGUCAACCCUGAACAACUGGGUGAAUGAGUUCAAAAGGUGGACCCCAGCUUUACCUGUAAUACUGUAUCACGGGACCAAAGAUGAGCGGAGCGAGCUGAGAAGGACAAUGCCUGCACAAAUAACGCCCCGCUUCCCAGUUGUUGUCACUUCAUAUGAAGUAGCUAUUCAUGAUCGUAGGUUCCUCUGCCGUCGCAAAUGGAAAUAUAUCGUUGUUGAUGAGGGGCAUAGGUUGAAAAAUUUUGACUGCAAGCUUAUAAGGGAACUGAAGCUCAUCCCCACGGAGAACACGCUUCUACUGACGGGAACACCCCUUCAAAAUAAUUUGUCUGAGUUAUGGUCUCUACUAAAUUUCAUCUUGCCGGAUAUUUUUACUUCGCUGUCGCAGUUUGAAUCCUGGUUUGAUUUGUCCGGAAAGCAGAGCCAGGGUCUCAAUAAGGAAGAAAUCGAUGAAAAACGACGGCUGGAGGUUGUGAACAAACUUCAUAUGAUUCUGAGACCAUUUUUACUCAGAAGAUUGAAAGAAGAAGUGGAGAAGAACAUGCCACUUAAGAAGGAAAUCAUAUUUUAUGCCCCUAUGACAGAAGAACAAAUGAAGUUCCAACAGCUUUUGAUCAACAACACCCUUAAUGAGCACUUUGAAGCUAGAAGUUCAGUUGGCGGUUACAAGAGCAGACUCAACAAUGUAGUUAUGCAGCUGAGAAAGAAUGCAAAUCACCCUGAUCUUCUGGUGUCUCAUUUCGACGAGAGUAUCGACUAUCCCCCUGUGGACGAAAUGGUGAGCCAAUGUGGUAAACUGAAGCUGCUGGAGAGACUGCUUCUUCAUCUGAAAGCACGAGGUCACAAGGUGCUAAUUUUCUCCCAAAUGACAAGGAUGCUGGAUAUUUUAGAGUAUUAUCUGCAGGAGAGAGGAAUGGAUCCUUGUCGUAUUGAUGGUAAAGUGAAACUUAAGGAGCGUCAGGAACAGAUCCAAGACUUCAACGACGAGAAGAAUGGAAGGUUCAUAUUUCUGCUUAGCACUCGAGCCGGUGGGCUUGGUAUCAAUUUGACCUCAGCAGACACAGUAAUCAUCUACGAUAGCGAUUGGAAUCCACAUAUGGACCUCCAAGCUAUGGAUCGUUGCCAUCGUAUUGGUCAAAACAAGCCAGUGCAUGUAUACAGGCUUGUCACUGCACAAUCAGUGGAGUGCAAGAUGAUCAAAGUGGCCAAUUGCAAGAUGCAGCUGGAACAUGUGGUUAUUGAGAAGGGGCAGUUCAAGCAAGAGCAAUACCUUCCCAAGACCAAGCUGGAGGAAUCUGAUCUUCUUGCUCUUCUUCGACAAGAAAGAGAUGUGGAAGAGGAAUAUGUUCAAAGCUCGGAGAUAAGCGAAACAGACCUUUUGAAGGCUCUCGAUCGAACAGAAUUGUAUGCGGGCAAGUACGCGCAAGCCCAUAAUCCAGCUCUAGACUUCCCCAUUAAAGGUCCAGGCUGGGAAGUGGUUCUGAAAGGAGAUUCUUCGAGCAGCCUCCUGUCGUCUAUCGAAGGGUAUAGGAAGAUUCCCUUGGCCAGCGAUGUAAAGACCGAAUAGAUACGAGGCUGGCUGAGGCACAUCGAUGGCCGAGGCAGAGGUUCCGUGGACGUGGUGUCCUACAAAUAAGAACUCACCCUUGUAAGUAAAGUGCCAUGUGAUGCAGCCUUCUGGCCUCAACUACGGAAUCUCAACAAAUAGAGGAGAUUAUCUUGGACCUUUUUUUCUUGAUGGUUCCCUGAGUCAUUAUUAGAAUCGUUUAGCCGUUGAUAAGGACGGUGCACGGUUGUCCGUGAUGUCUAAUUUACGAAUGCAGAAAUCAGUCCCUAGACAUACAUUGGGUAAUACCAGCGUGAUUCAGCUGUAAACAUUGAUCCCCAUUUCGAUCAUACAAUUUAAAAUUCUGUACCAUAGAUGCGACUAGCUUUUUACCAUUUUGUCGAUAAUUGAUCAUUGGAAUUAGACAGCAUGUAGUGUAGUAGAUUAGGAACGGACUCCAUAUGGUGCUUAGCAGUGCCUAUUUUGUUGGUAAUGGGGCUUUUGCUUUCACCAUCGCACUGAGGAAAUUCUUACUCAUUGCUGUCCUUCCCACGUUGGAGUGUAAGCGUAGUUAAGAGUCAUUGACGUUAUCAGAGACGAGUUCUCGGGCGAAAACGUUAUUUGACACAGAUCAUAGAAUGUUACACGAGUGUAGUAUUUUCCCGAACUUCAACUUCGUAAUGUUCCGAAGAUGGAAAUCAUAGGAGACAUUUAAAAAAACUUUGUAGAGAGCCUCAGGAAAUAGUACCUGAAGAUUCUUGAUGAGAGUAAAGCGCU